AUGGCGUCUUACACAUCACCACGUUCCCCUGUUCCAAAUGUUAUUGUUUCUUCACCGGGUUCAGAUCAUUCCGAUGGAAAUAAUUCAUCAAGAAAUGAAGGGAGAAGACUUAACGUUCAUGAAUUACUAGAUGCUAAUCCCCAAGCAUCAUUGUCUUCGACACCUUUUUCAUUUCAACUUCCUUCGAUUUCAACCAAUGUUAAUAAUAAUAAUAUUUCAAUGAUUACAACAACAUCUCCUUCAUUAACACCAAUGAAUUCAACAAAUCCACGAUUUGUUCAACAUUUACAAAUUCCAGACACAUCCUCACAUCUCUUUGUAUCGGAAGCUCAUAAUUAUCAAUUAUUAUCACCAAAUUCAUCUUCCGCCCCAAAUUCCGCAGUCACACCAACACAACAACAGCCUCCUUCUCCUUUAUUCUAUGGUGCAUCACCAACAACGCCUUCUCCAAGAGCUCAAGAAGAGCUAAAUGAUCCACUAUCACCAUUGACGUUACACGAACGUCGUGAGCGAAAUAAAGUUGCCUCUGCGAAAUAUCGAGCAAAGAAACAUAAACAAACGCAGGAAAUGAGUACACAGAUUGCAGAAUUAAAUUCACGAAUCAGUGCUUUAACCGCGGAAAAUGGUUUACUUUGUCGUCAAGUACAAGAAUUGAAAAGUGAAAAUAUCGAGUUAAAAAAUAUUGUGGAUGAUCUCAAAAGUCAACUUGUUGAGGAUAAAAUUUUGAAAAGACUGGGAAAAGCUGGAGUCGCCUCAAGAAAUUCUUUAAAAGCAAGUACAACUGCUGCGGGAAAACGAGAAAGAGCAAAACACGGAAAUAGUGGUCAUGCCAAGGGAACACUUGGAAAUAAAUCAUCAUCAUGA